AAGCGAGGUCAAGUUUCUCUUUCUCUCUUCUCUCCUCCUUUUAUUUAUUCUCCUCCUCUCUCCAUUUUCAAGCUCUUUCUCAAAACCCUAGAAAUUUCUCGAUUUCGUUAGAUCUUUCAGAGCUCUCUCUCUCUCUCUCUCACCGAGCUCUCGGAUUCGUACGUAAUCGUGUACCUUUUUGUGUGGUUCUGACGUCAGAUUUGAGAUUCAGAGCUUUGGAGAAUGUCGUCUUUGAGCAGAGAGCUCGUCUUCCUCAUACUUCAGUUUCUCGAGGAAGAGAAAUUCAAAGAGUCUGUGCACAGGCUGGAGAAAGAGUCUGGGUUCUUCUUCAAUACGAAGUACUUUGACGAGAAAGUGCUCGCGGGAGAGUGGGAUGAAGUUGAGAAGUACUUGUCUGGGUUCACCAAGCUUGAUGAUAACAGAUACUCCAUGAAGAUUUUCUUUGAGAUUAGGAAGCAGAAGUAUCUCGAGGCUCUCGAUAAGCAAGAUAAGGCAAAAGCAGUUGAGAUAUUGGUGCAGGACUUGAGAGUCUUCUCCACUUUCAACGAGGAGCUAUACAAAGAGAUUACUCAGCUUUUGACUUUGCACAACUUCAGGGAAAAUGAGCAGCUUUCCAAAUACGGAGACACGAAGACUGCUCGGACCAUAAUGUUAGGAGAACUAAAGAAACUAAUCGAAGCAAAUCCUCUCUUUCGUGACAAGUUGACGUUCCCUACUUUGAGAUCUUCGAGACUGCGGACUCUGAUUAAUCAAAGCCUUAAUUGGCAGCACCAGCUGUGCAAGAAUCCUAGGCCCAACCCAGAUAUUAAAACACUAUUCACAGACCACACAUGCGCAGUUCCGAACGGUCCUCUGGCACCUUCACCAGUCAAUCAGCCCGUUACUACUUUGACAAAGCCAACAGCUUUUCCGUCCCUUGGAGCUCAUGGUCCCUUUCCUCCUGGUGCUGCUGUUGCUGCUGCUGCUAAUGCUGGCGCUUUAGCUAGUUGGAUGGCUGCUGCUGCCUCUGGUGCUUCUACUGUCCAAGCUGCUGUUGUCACUCCUGCGUCCAUUCCUAUGCCUCAGAAUCAAGUGUCAAUCUUGAAGAGACCAAGAACACCACCAGCAACUCCAGGUGUAGUAGAUUAUCAGAAUCCCGACCAUGAAUUAAUGAAGCGUCUCCGCCCUGCCCCAUCUGUAGAGGAGGUGACAUACCCUGCACCUAGGCAGCAUGCUCCUGCAUUGUCGCUGGAAGACUUGCCGUUAAAGGCGGCUCUAGCGUUGCAUCAAGGGUCCACUGUGACGAGCAUGGAUUUUCACCCUAUGCAAAAUACGCUACUUCUUGUCGGAUCCGCCACCGGAGAAAUCACGUUAUGGGAACUAGCUGUUCGAGAGAAGCUGGUUUCAAAGCCAUUCAAAAUAUGGGAUAUGGCUAAUUGCUCACCUCCGUUGCAGGCUUUGAUAGCUAAGGAAACACCAAUGUCUGUCACCCGCGUUGCAUGGAGUCCAGAUGGAAAUUUCAUUGGGGUUGCAUAUACGAAACAUCUUAUUCACGUGUAUGCUUUCUCUGGACCUAACGAGCUUCGCCAGCAUGCUGAGGUUGAUGCCCAUAUGGGUGCUGUGAACGACCUGGCUUUCGCUAAUCCAAACAGGCAGUUGUGUGUAGUUACUUGCGGAGAUGAUCAGCUAAUCAAGGUAUGGGACGUUUCAGGUCGGAAGCAUUUUACCUUUGAAGGUCACGAAGCUCCUGUUUAUUCCAUUUGCCCUCAUCACAAAGAGAACAUUCAGUUCAUAUUUUCAACGGCCAUAGAUGGGAAAAUAAAGGCGUGGCUUUAUGAUAAUAUGGGUUCCAGAGUUGACUAUGAUGCUCCCGGUAAAUGGUGUACUACAAUGCUUUACAGCGCUGAUGGGACCAGAUUGUUCUCUUGUGGAACGAGUAAAGAUGGAGAUUUUUCCCUAGUUGAGUGGAACGAAAGCGAAGGAUCAAUUAAAAGGACCUAUCUUGGGUUUCAGAAAAAGCUGGCAGGUAUGGUUCAGUUUGAUACCUCAAAGAACCACUUUCUGGCUGUUGGUGAAGAUGCGCAAAUCAAGUUCUGGGAUAUGGACAACAUCAAUGUUCUGACUAGCACUGAUGCUGAGGGUGGACUUCCGGCUCUUCCUCGUUUGAGGUUUAACAGGGAAGGAAACCUUCUAGCAGUUACUACGGCAGACAACGGGUUUAAGAUCCUAGCAAACCAAGCUGGUUUCCGAUCUCUGAGAGCCAUGGAAACCUCAGCUUUUGAAAAGAUGAGGACUCCAGCAGAUUCUUCUUUAAUUAAAGCUGUUCCUGGUGCUCCUGUUGCAUCUGUCAGCUGUAAAGUUGAACUAGGCUCUCCUGUUAGACCCUCACCAAUGCUGAAUGGAGGUGAUCCGUCAAAGCCAAGAGUAGAUGACUCAGCAGACAAACCAAAACCUUGGCAAUUAGCUGAAAUAUUGGACCAUGCCCAGUGUCGCCAGGCCACUUUACCUGAUACCACUGGUUCUUCCACAAAGGUCGUUCGGCUUCUGUAUACGAACUCCGGCGCCGGAAUCUUGGCACUUGGUUUUAACGGUAUUCAGAGGCUCUGGAAGUGGGUUCGCAAUGAGCAAAAUCCUAGUGGAAAGGCAACAGCCGCUGCGGUUCCUCAGCAUUGGCAACCAAACAGUGGUCUUCUCAUGACCAACGAUGUCUCUGGUGUAAACCUUGAAGAGGCCAACCCCUGCAUCGCUCUCUCUAAGAACGACUCAUAUGUCAUGUCGGCUGCUGGAGGAAAAGUCUCGUUGUUCAACAUGAUGACUUUUAAGGUGAUGACAACAUUCAUGCCACCUCCACCUCCAUCAUCAUUUUUGGCGUUCCAUCCUCAGGACAACAACAUCAUUGCCAUUGGAAUGGAGGACUCCACCAUUCACAUCUAUAAUGUCCGAGUGGAUGAGGUCAAGUCAAAGCUAAAGGGUCACCAGAAACGCAUCACUGGCUUGGCAUUUUCUACAACCCUCAAUAUCUUGGUUUCAUCUGGUGCUGAUGCACAGAUAUGCUUUUGGAGCAUUGACACAUGGGAGAAGAGAAAAUCCGUUGCAAUACAAAUGCCAGCAGGAAAAGUCGCCAUUGGAGACACGCGUGUUCAGUUUCACGUGGAUCAGAUCCGUAUCCUUGCAGUCCACGAGACACAGCUAGCGAUAUUUGAUGCUUCCAAGAUGGAAUGUAUCCGACAGUGGAAUCCUCAAGACUCGUUGUCUUCUCAUAUAUCUUCAGCAGUGUAUGCAUGUAACAGCCAGUUGAUCUACACCACUUUCCGUGAUGGUAACAUUGGAGUGUUCGACGCAGACACACUUGGAUUAAGAUGCCGUAUCUCUCCAUCCGCCUACUUGCCUCAAGGGAACCAAGGUUUGUCUCCUUUAGUUGUGGCAGCUCACCCGCAAGAGCCAAACCAGUUUGCGGUCGGUUUGAAUGACGGGACAGUUAAGGUGAUAGAACCUACUGAGGCUGAAGGGAAGUGGGGUAUGGUUCCACCCUCUGAAGCUAUCAACACUUCAACAUCAACUACAAGCAACCAAACUCCAGAACAGUUACAAAGAUAAACAAACUUCUAUGACAUAUAUUAAUCCAUGUUAUGAAUCUCAAAUCUUUCCAUAUUGUUACUUCAUGUUGGUUGUUUAGUUAGCGUUGUGAUUUUUAUUUAGGUUUAGGGCAGUAUUUUUAGAUCUUCAUAAAUGUAGCCUUAGUUUCAAGGUUGUUAAGAUACUGAAAUUGGUAAGAUAUAAAGUUUGUAA